AUGAGGGAGCAGGUUCCUCCUGCUAAAACCUCAAAUAGGAGAUCAAAACAUUAUUUCAAUCUCGAUGCCUCAUUGCUUCCGGGCGUUUUUGUUUCUUUUUUUCUCAGCUUAUGCUUAAUCUUCGCCAUCUGUUUUCUGGAUUACAAAACCAUCACCACUGGUUUUCUUCGUAUGCAUGGUCAGACUUUAGAAAUCACCGAGCUCAAGUUUAAUGCUACAGAAGUGGUUCCAGAAUCCCAAAGUUUAGUAAAUGGUUCCGAGCCUGAUUUUAACAGGACGGAUAUAGUUGCAGAAUCUAAUAAAGCAGAGGCAGAGAAUGAAACAGAGGAUGCAAAGAAAAAGGUGGAAUUUCUUGAAGAAGGAGGCGGUGAAUGUAAUAUAUUUGAGGGGAAUUGGAUAUGGGAUGAAAAUUAUCCACUUUAUCAAUCUGAGAAUUGUCCAUUUGCAGAUGAAGGAUUUCGUUGCACCGAAAAUGGUCGCCCUGAUCGUAACUACACUAAAUGGCGUUGGCAACCUAAAGACUGCAACUUGCCCAGGUUUGAUGCAAAAAUGAUGUUAGAGAAAUUAAGGAAUCGCCGGGUCGUUUUUGUCGGCGACUCACUUGGAAGAAAUCAAUGGGAAUCCUUUCUGUGUAUGUUGUCUUCUGUAGUUGCAAAUAAGAGUUCAAUAUACGAAGUCAAUGGAAAUCCAAUCACAAAGCAUCAAGGCUAUUUGAUCUUCAAGUUCAGGGAUUUCAACUGUACUAUUGAGUAUUACAGGGCUCCUUUUCUAGUGGUUCAGGGACACCCACCAGCUGGAGCUCCAGCAAAUGUGAGAAUGACCCUGAAAUUGGAUCAUAUGGCCUGGACAUCUUCCCAUUGGAAGGAUGCUGAUAUUAUAGUCUUCAACAGUGGGCACUGGUGGAAUCACGGAAAGACCAUUAGAGCGGGUUGUUACUUUGAAGAAACGGGAAAGGUGGAGAUGAAUAUGACCGUGGAGACGGCAUUCCGUAAGUCAAUUGAGACGGUGGUUAGCUGGAUAAGUCGGGAAGUUGAUUUGAGAAAGACCCUUGUCUUCUUCCGGAGUUAUGCUCCUGUGCAUUACAGUGGCGGAGAUUGGAACAGCGGCGGCGGAUGUCAUCUUCAGACAUUACCUGAAUUAGGUGACAUGCAAUACGAACCAUCACUGGAAGCAACAAUGACGACCGAUGUGUUCAUGAAGCUUGUGAAAAAAUCCAGGCUGCAAAACAGCGUUAAACUGCUCAAUGUGACAGAGAUAACAUCCCGGAGAAAAGAUGGUCAUGCGUCUAUAUAUCUGUCCAAGGUUUGGUCCCCAAUUAACCGGCAAGACUGUAGCCAUUGGUGCCUCCCCGGUGUACCGGAUACUUGGAAUGAACUUCUCUAUGCCCUCUUCCUCAGACAUGAAUUACCUUCUUCGGCGCAGUCUACAGAGAUAACAAUAUGUUGUUGA